AUGGCGUCGUAUCUCCCAACAGAAUGGCAAGAUGACGUGAAAAUGAACGGGUUGAUGUCCGUUAUGAAAGUGAGUGAUUCUGGCGGAUUCUUUAGAAUAUAUUUUGUUUCAGGAACGAAUUGUCAACAAGGUGGAUUACGACAGAAAGCUCCGUUUCUGGAAGGAAACUAUCUCGGCCAGUUGCGUUGGCGAGAAAAAUGCAGUCUUCGAUCUGCUGACGUUGAAGAGGAGAUUCCGACGAAACGAUCGGAUCCCUGCCAGUCUGAAUGUUAUUCUGGCCGAACUUAAAAAGUGAGUGAAGAAAACGUAUGUACUUCUCAAAUUUUGUUUCAGGAAUGGAGAUGUGAUCACUGUUGGAGAAUGGAGAGAUCAGCACUCUGGAUGGGUCGGCUGGGGACUUUCGAAGACGAAAAGCUGGAUGUUUGGAAGUUCUUCUGACUCCGAACAGCUGCUUCAUUUGCCGACUGUGAAAAAGCUUAGUCAGGAAUUGUUGAGCAUUUACGACGAAGAACUUCGAUCGGAAGUUGACUGCACUGGCGAAGUUGUGACUUACAACGACAUGUUCGAAAGAGCCAAAGACCUGAUUUCAACCACUGAAACGUUCGAUAUCAUUCUGGAGCAUCUUUCGGACAUUGGAGAGCUUACCGUUGGCUUGACAAGCAACGGUGAGAAAGUGCUGAAGUUCAAGGACCACGGAAGUAAAGGUCCGGUCAAGUUCACAGAAGCUGACGCCAGUGUCGUCGACAUCCGCAAGGCGAUGAACAAACUCGAUCGGGAGAUUCAUCAGCUGGAGGCUAAGGCGAAAAAGUACGACGAACAGUGCCGUGCUGCUCUGCGCACUGGAGACAAAGGGCGGGCCCAGAACUUCCUGAGACAGAAAAAGCGGGCUGAGAAGGACAUGGCCGACAAAGAUAUGCAGUGCCAGAAACUGCUCACGAUGCUUCAUCAAAUUGCGGCUGCGAAGAACAACAAGGACGUCUUGACGGCGUAUCAGUCCGGAACUGCCGCUUUCAAAGCGACGCUGGCUCGCCAGGGACUGUCUCCCGAUAAAAUACACGAGACGAUGGACGACGUGGCGAAUUCUCUCGACGAUUACAGAGAAAUCGAGGAGGCUAUUUCCUCUCCAUUCAUCAACGCAAUCGGAGCGAAUGACGAAGAACUCGAAAAAGAGCUGGGCGACUUGCUCAGUGAAAGCAAGGUAAGCGUCCUUCUGGUAAUUGAUCCCACUUAUGCAUUCAGAAAGACCAUUCUCUUCAUCUUCCGGAAGCACCGUCAAACCGCUUCGGCCUGGUCGACAAAGACAUCACUCCCGAGAACGAUCAAGAUCAACUGGAAAAGCGCUUGGCGCGACUCAGACAAGCUGUGUAA